AUGAAAUUGAGCCUCGAGGGGUUCAAGUCUACCCUAUCACUCAUCACCCAGACGGUCAUCCUGGGGAAGACGAUAAAAGACGGCUCUUCUAGACAAGGAAACGGCGGACAGGAUCGCGGAUCAACAGUGCGCCGGAAUAUCAGCGUCCUCAGCAGUGCUGUCCUGUCUGACAGGCGGCUUAUCGAGAAACUCAACGCAGCCGAAGCGAAGCCAAAAAGAUCGAGACCCGUCGAGACGGAAUCGAAAGCCUACGGAGAAGGUUCUGCGACAGAGGAAGGAUUGGCGUCAGAUGAUUUUGAGCAGGAAAUGAAGAUAGCAAUAGCCCCAUGCGAGACUUUCAUACUUCUGCCUGAAUCUCAGGGGACAGGCCGGAGUUUUUGGCUGCUCAGAGCGUACCAUGAUAUGCGUCACGAUCCACCAGCCUCAAGCGCGAUCAAUGCUUCGCUACCUUCUUCUGUCACUCAAACGCGAGCGAACACUCAUCGGCCUUUUGGUUUAUUGACAGACACCUCGGGAAGCGAACCCACGAUCAACGAGAAAGAGAGCCCAGACCAAGAGAUCCGUUUACUGCUGACAGAAUGGACAAGCACAGCUCAAUAUCUUUUGCAAGGUUAUCUUGAUGAUGCCCCAAUUGGUAAUACAGCUGGACUAUCGUCAGAGGAACCUUCUCAAGAACGACAUAGGAAUAAAUCCACAAACCAGAGAUCGAACACCCAAACCGACACGUCGAGAAGUGAAUCCAACAUGACAACGCCGAGUGAUGGUGCUCUCGAGCCACCGUUCCUGACUUUUGAGACAUGGUCGUAUCCAGCUAGCGGGCGGAAAUCGCUGACAGAUUGCUUCUCCGAGCGAGGAGGAGGCUAUGUUUGGCGUCAUGAAGACCAGGCUAGCAGGUGGUACUACGUUGGAGAGAAGAUGGUCCUUGAAUAUCUAAUACGCCAUCCAGAUGACGCAAUCUCUUCGGAAGGCCAGAAAAUGAGGACAGUCGUCAGUAAGCAAUGGAUACCAAAGAAUAUCCUCAUCAAGGCUGGGUAUGAACACACAGAGUAUGGAGAAGGGAGCUAUUCCAUUCCCGGAAAGCUAACGACUCAAGACGUACGAAGUCUGCAUUUAUUUGCAUCAGAGAGGACCGAGAAACUUCUGCCACGUCUAGCAAGCACUCGACCAAAGAAAAGCCAACGUCAAAUGGUGAGGGCCAUAUGGGACUUUGAUGCCUUAGCGCCUACAGACCUAAACUUCAAGAAAGGCGACGUUUUUGAGGUCGAUGCUGACAGGAGCCUAGCUUGGUGGCAGGGAUAUAAAGAUGGCGCUUCUGGAAGGCUUCCUGCAAGUUACGUUGGACUCCUCACCACAGCAGCAUCCGACGCAAAACAAAGUCCGAGACGCAAAUGUAACGUCCGCGCACUCUCAGACUUUCACUCAGCCGAUGGAUCGGAGCUUUCCUUCCAAGCCGGCGACAUCAUCGAGAUCGAGGAAGACCUGUAUGAGCUUCGUUGGAAAGGGUAUCUGAAUGGCAGGCAGGGCUUGGUGCCUGCCCAUCGCGUCCUUGUGACUUCUCCGGCGCCAUCCUCCUCUUCCGAAAGCCAGCUUUCGGGCUUGAUAUCCGAAAGUAUUCGUCGAACGAGUGAGAAAGUUCGCAAGACUGCUGCGGGCAAGGGCGGAGUAAAAAGACAGUAA